CACUAUUCCGCGCCAUGCCGCCCUGAGCGCUCGUCCAGUGUCCUCGGACGCUGGUCAACUGUCCGUCACAUUCGGCAGUUAAAAAAAUCGGUGAAUUGCUUUAAUAAAGCUUGAAAAAAAACAUGACGGGCUUGGAACUCAUCAUCUCCUCCAUUUGCAAUGCAACUUUUUGCGAAGCGGUUUAUGAUAAUCCUAUUACAGAGGCUAUACUGUCCGAUCAUAAAAAGGAAAUCCAGGAAAUCGCUGAAGACCUUAACGGCAAACAUUUGAAAAUAGGCACUUACGAUAAUUAUCCUUUAAGCUGGGUACACACUGAUGACAAUGGAAAGCUGACUGGGCGUGGCGUUGCUUUCAUAGUUUUGGACAUAUUACGCGAACGGUUCAACUUCACCUUUGAUGUAGUCACGCCGGCCAAAAACUAUGAAAUUGGCGUUGAAGGCAGAAUGCAGGACUCAUUAAUUGGAUUGGUCAAUAGUAGUCAAGUGGACAUGGCUGCAGCUUUCCUUCCCACAUUGUACAAAUACCAGCUGUACGUGGAUUUCUCUACGAUCCUCGACAACGGCGUUUGGAUGAUGAUGCUUCAGAGGCCUAAAGAGUCCGCCGCGGGCUCCGGACUCCUGGCCCCCUUCGAAAUACAAGUGUGGUAUCUGAUCUUAGCGGCAGUACUCGCUUACGGUCCGUGCAUCACUCUUCUCACGUACUUGCGGUCUAAGGUCGUGAAAGACGGAGAGAAAAACAUAUCGCUGUCGCCCAGUUUCUGGUUCGUGUACGGAGCCUUGCUGAAGCAGGGGACUACAUUAGCACCAGAAGCAAAUACCACUCGGAUCCUCUUCACAACAUGGUGGCUGUUCAUCAUCCUGCUGUCCGCGUUCUACACAGCCAACCUGACUGCUUUCCUCACACUCUCCAAGUUCACCCUGGACGUCGAAUACCCUGAGGACCUGUACAAGAAGAACUACCGCUGGGUCGCAUCAGAGGGCAGCACUGUGAAAUACGUUGUCAAUGACGCAAACGAAAACUUGCAUUUUCUAAGCAAAAUGGUAGCUAAUGGGCGAGCCGAGUUUCGUUCAGUGAACGCCGAUCGGCAGUUCUUACCCUACGUAACGGCCGGAGCGGUGCUUGUAAAGGAACAGACGGCCAUAGACCAUCUCAUGUUUGAAGACUACUUGAAGAAGACCAAGGACAAGGUGCCAGAAGUUAAGAGAUGCACGUAUGUGGUCGCCCCAAAUCCCUUUAUGGAGAAAUUACGGGGUUUCGCAUUUCCGAAACACAGCAAAUUAAAGUUAUUAUUUGAUCCAGUCCUCACGUAUCUCCUACAAUCUGGUAUAGUAACGUAUCUGGAACACCGAGACCUGCCCAGCACCAAGAUAUGUCCUCUGGAUCUGCAGUCCAAGGAUCGCAAGCUAAGGAACAGCGAUCUGUCGAUGACGUACAUGCUAAUGGGGGUCGGCUUGGCCACCGCUAUCGCUGUCUUUGGUGGAGAGAUGAUAAUCAGAUAUUACGUCCGUAUCAAAAUCAGAACAAAUCGGGGUGAUAGAACCAAAACAAAAACCGUAAAGAGUUCGAAACAUAGACGUUUCAGGAUCCAAGACGAUAGCCAUCCGCCACCUUACGAUUCGCUAUUUGGGCACAACUCGAGGUACAAGACGAAUGGCCACUCCACAAGCAAGAUUGUAAAUGGGAGAGAGUAUUGGGUGGUCGGCACAGUGAGCGGAGACACCAGGCUCAUACCGGUUAGGACCCCUUCCGCGUUUUUGUAUCACCGCGAUAAAUGAAAACUGAUGACCUUCUUUUGGCUAUCUUCGAACGAACGCUUACGUAGGUCUUCGCUUAUCUUCAUAAAAUUGUAUAUACAGGAUGGCCAACUUAGAGGUAUACAAUUUUUUUUGCCGCCAUUUUAUUUUGGCGGUAAAUGACAGUUAGGUAUUGCAUGAAAAUUAGUUUGUGUAGAUACGGCAAAUUUAUUAUGGAGCGUUUUACGACGGAACAACACGGGGCCACGUGUCACACGGCACGAGUUACAAUAGAAACAUUAAAAAUAACGUUUUCCGGUCGAUUAAUUUCGAGAAACGGUGACAUUGCCUGGCCCCCAAGAUCGCCUGAUUUAACAGCUCCUGACUUUUUUCUGUGGGGCUAUCUAAAGGGACGUGUCUAUGCUAAUAGGCCAACGAACCUUCAGCAAUUAAAACAAAAUAUUCGAAACACUGUCGCUGAGAUAACGUCAGAAAUGUGUGAAAAAGUGAUGAAAAACGCGAUGAAAAGGGUUCGCAUCUGCCAUGCUGCUAGAGGUGGACAUUUGUCUGACAUUAUUUUCCAUGUGUAAUUGCUGGCCCUACAUAUUAUAUUUAACAAGGAAUACUUAAUAUUUUUUUUGUUUUAUAGAAUAAAAUUUCAAAAAUAAAGUGUAUACCUCUUAUUUGGCCACCCUGUAUAAGGUCAAAAGAAACAUUUGACUGACUAUAUCUUUCUUUGUAUCACCUAAGUAGGGAUCGACACGCUGCGGCUCACGAGCUGAAAAUAUUGACUUGUGUAUGACGUUAAGAAUGGUGAUAGGUAUUACCUAUGUGAAAAAUAUCUCUUGAUCAAUUUCUUGUACCUAAUGAGUAAUAUUAGGUCCAGCACUAGUGCUUAUUAUCAUUAUAGGUAUGUAAGAAUAUGUAGUAAUAAAAUUUGUAAGUUAGAAAAUCAAGUUAAUGUUUGAGAGAUAGAUUUAUGACAUGAUUUUUGUGGAAAGUAUAUGUACUUAAAGAUACACAUGGCACAGAUUCACUAUUUUAUAAUUAAGGAGCAGAACCUUAGUGUCAAUAAAACAUUUAAUUAAA